CCACCCAAUCUGUGCAUGUUCGAGUGAGCGGCUUUGCCCAGCCAAUAGACCAAUAGACCAACAGGCCAAGAGCCAGCUGACAAUCGACAACAGGCCCGAAUUCAAACAUCUGAAGUCGGAACGGUCGCGGAACCACGUGUGCUCCAUUCUCCCUGCCCCUCCUCCUCCUCCUCCUCCUCCUCCCAGGUUUAAGACACGCCUUCCCUGACGUGAGAACCCCCGCUUGCCAGGGCUGUUGCUGCUGCUACCGGUUGAGUCCGUGGGAUUGACGCCUUUUGACGGCACCGGUCGGGUAUUUUCGCUCACGUUGACGUUUUCCCCGACGCACCGCCAUGUCGGGUCGGGUUCGCCAACGAGCUACGGCCAAUGCCAACAUGGAUGCAGCCACCACCACGGUCAACGAGCGCAUCUUGCGCGAAUGCCACGCCUUGUACACGGACGAGACUCACGGCAUGGUCUCGAUCGCCCAAAACGUGGAUCUCAAGCUCUUGGCGCCGCGGAAAAAGAUCACCAUCAUGCUUAUCGGAAACCACUCUGCCGGCAAAUCCUCUUUCAUCAAUUGGUACAUCGAGGAACAUGUUCAACGCACUGGUGUGGCCAUUGAAACCCAAGGCUUUUCCUUUGUCACCAGCGGACGCAGAAGGGAAUCUCUCACGGGCAAUGCCACUCUUCACCUCUAUCCACACUUUCAACCACUCCUCGAUUUCCCUGGUGUGGUUGACUACUUGCAAACAGAAGUGUCCACUUCCAAGGAGAAAAAGUUUCCGCUGGUCACGUUUGUUGACACACCCGGACUUGUGGAUGGGGAUAUGAACUAUCCUUUCGAUGUGAAUGAGGCCAUUCUUUGGUUGGGGGACCUGGUGGACAUGAUCUUUGUGUUCUUUGAUCCCAUUGGACAGGCCCUUUGCAAGCGAACCUUAAACAUUGUGGAAUCCUUGAGUGCGAAGCAUUCCGAACGUAUGAGAUUCUACCUUUCCAAAGCGGACGAAGCCGGACAUGAAUCCGAUCGACAGAGAGUUAUGAUGCAAAUCGUACAGGAGCUCUGCAAAAGACCCACCUUGAACCGGACCGGAUUCGAGAUGCCUACCAUAUUCAUUCCCAACCCCGACAAGCCGAGUCGUUGCGUGAACCAAAUCGAGGAUGUAUGCAAGGACAUCGAAAAGACCAUCACCCAAACGAUCCAGAAUACACUGAAUCAGUUGGAGAAGGAUUGCGACGAGAUUGGUGACUUGGUGGACUCAAAAAUCGCCCGAGACAACGAGGCUCGUUCACACAACCUUCGGGCUGGCACCAAAGGAAUCCUUUUGUUCUUUUUGGGUUUGACCCUGCCUCUGGCCUUGUUGGUCAAUCUUUUGGCGACGAGUUUCCCUCAAAAGAUGCUCAAGGACCUCCUCGGGCUAGAGGGAAUGGAGUCGCUGAAACUCUAUCUGUCCCCCAUUCGUGGCUUUUGGGAUAGCAUCCCUCAGGAGUAUCACUUCUACGCGCUUCUCACUCUGGCCUUGCUGACCUUAAUCCUGCUUGGUGCGGCCAAAUUUCUGUCCCGAUCAAAGGCUACCAUGUCCCGGAAGCACAAGAAGAAACUUCUUGAACAACAGACUUACGUGAGGACUGUGGUGAAGGACAAGAAACAAUCCCUCUAUAAAGAGUACUUGCAACAAAUGGUCUCGGAACAUGAUCUCUAAGCCUGCCAACUACUUCGUAAGCAACGCGAUCCAUGAGGAAUGUCGGUGAAUCUCUCCACAUCACAAGUGCCUAAAUGAAAUCUCAAUUGCUAUGACAGUAUCCAUGUGCUUGCCAAUGGAUUGCCAGGAAUAUUUUUUUAUAAAUAUUGAUCAAUGUUCUUCCACAAAAUGAAAUAAACAAAGACAUCACAUA